UCUGAAAUCGAACCCGAAGCGGACCCGGAGCGAACCCGGGAAGCGAACCCAGGGUCCGCUUCGGGUUCGCUCUGGUGUUAGGUUGUGUUCGGUCGGUAGUGUAGUUUCCUCUUCUGUUUGGGCCCUUUAUCUCCUUUUGGCAUUGCUACCUUUAACCGGAAGUGAAUACUUUAGCGAUUAUUAUUCAAGUUCAGGUAUAUGUAUUACUUUGCCAUUAUCUGUGCUACGUAAAUCAGGAUGGGAAUAUUCUAUGAGUAUAUGUGUUGGCGCCAAUUUUCUUAUCUUUAUUGCCAUUUUCAUUGGACAAAUUGUAAUCUUCGUCGAUGUGGUUCGAAUGGGAAAAGAAGUGAGUUCACAACGCAAUAUUCAAGGAAGACUAGAGCUCAGUUUGGCUAAAACUUUGAUUGCUGUUGCAAUGACAGACAUGUUCUGCUGGAUUCCAAUCGGAGUGAUUGGCUUACUGACGUUUCUGGGUAUUGACUUUACGUCUAAGGUGUAUGCCUGGGUUGUUGUCGUAGUUCUUCCUAUAAACUCGGCUCUGAAUCCUAUCAUCUACACCUUCUCGGCGAUAAUAAGGCGCAGGACACACCAGAACCUGUCUUCGAGACUAAGCUAUUCCAGAACGAGGGUAGUAGCAAAAGCGAUGAAUCACAUCGGGUGUCGCGGUCAUCAAGCAAGAAAAAUUCAAAUCGGAAAACAGAACAGGAACCACACAAUACAUAACAGAAACGGAGAAUUCAGAUUAUAUCUGACGGACAUUUUAAAUAAAAUAAAAUAGAGUACAUUUCUACAACACAUAAUUAUGUGUUAUUGAGAUAGUGAAAGAGUGAUAUUGAUGUGGUUUGGACAUAUCAUAAAACUUUUGGAGAAUAAAUUAUGAAAUUUUA